UAAUUCUGAUCCAGAUCUACCUGCACCUACUAAUCACAUGGCCUCUGAGAACCUCCGUUUUCUCGCCUGUGAUGAGGCAGAGAUGUGCUAAUUUGGCAAAGUGAAACAGUAAACUUUAGCUGAUGCUUUCGCUUGGGGGGCGGUUAUUUUGGUCCUCUAGAGCCUGCCUUUUCCUGUAAAGCACGGAUGAUUAUGUCUGACAUUAAAGAAGACUGGUUCAAUGCGCUUAGGGGUGGAGCUUUCCACUCAGAUGCCUAGCCAAGAUAAUAGUUGUUGCCAGAUGCCAGAUGCCUACUGCGGAUUUAGGGUCAUUCCAAGUGUCGGAUUGUGACAGUCCCUGGGACUGUCCCAGAGCCCUGGCCUAGCCUGUAUCUCCAGGUGGAUUCACACGGCGUCCUCAGCCGGAAGGAGGUGGGGUCUUGAACUAAAGGGCUGGGACUUUAGGAAAUGAGAGAGACCAGCGAGUCUCAGACAAGUCCCAUCUGGGAACAACCGCAUUAGGCAGGACUAGGGCUAUGAGGUCCAACAGGCCGCGGAGGGGAGCUGGCAGAGGUGCUGUCCCAAGCAGGCGGGGCGCGGGGACCAUGGGUUCCUGGACCUCCAGGGCCCGGGUCCCCACGCGGGAGCCCGACCCCCAGGAGACGCUGGACCUGAGCCGUCUCCCCCCGGAGCUGCUCCUGGUGGUGCUGAGCCACGUGCCCCCGCGGACGCUGCUGCUGCACUGCCGCCGGGUGUGCCGCGCCUGGCGCGCCCUGGUGGAUGGCCAGGCCUUGUGGCUGCUCCUGCUGGCCCGCGACCGCAGCGCUGCCGGCCGCGCCCUGCUGGCACUAGCCCGCCGCUGCCUGCCCCCGCCCCGCGAAGCCCGGCCCUGCCCGCUGGGCCAAUUCUGCCUGCGACGGCCGCUAGGUCGUAACCUCAUCAGCAACCCCUGCGGCCAAGAAGGCCUGCGCAAGUGGAUGGUGCAGCAUGGUGGAGAUGGCUGGGUGGUGGAGAAGAACAUGAGACCUGUGCCUGGGGCCCCCUCACAGACCUGCUUCGUGACCUCCUUCAGCUGGUGCUGCAAGAAGCAGGUGGUGGAUCUGCAGGAGAAGGGUCUGUGGCCAGAGCUGCUGGACAGUGGUGGUGUGGAGAUUGCAGUCUCUGACUGGUGGGGAGCGCGACAUGACAGCGGCUGCAGGUACCGUCUCCUUGUCCAGCUUCUUGAUGCUCACCAGAAUGUCCUGGAUAAGUUCUCGGCUGUGCCAGACCCCAUUGAACAAUGGAACGACAACAUCUACCUGCAGGUCACCCACGUGUUCUCCAACAUCAGGAGAGGCGUCCGUUUUGUGUCUUUUGAACACUGGGGCCAGGACACGCAGUUCUGGGCCGGCCACUAUGGGGCCAGAGUGACCAACUCCAGUGUGAUCGUGCGAGUCUGUCAGCCCUAGUCAAAGGCCUCCAUCUUGGCAAGACAGCCUGACUGUGCCUUCCAGGGGCUGGGGCUGGUGACUGGAAUUCUUCAUGAAUCAAGCAUUCACACCUUCCUGGAACAUGAAACGCUAGGAUCCAGUGGAGGGUCCUGCUUGGCCUUGUUUGCAGAGUCUUGAACACUGGAGUCCUCCAUCAGAUCUGCCCACGGCUGCUGCUUGGGUAGAGCGAGGGUGUCCGGGUGCCUGUCUGCAUGCUGGUCUCAGAGAGGUCACAAGCUGCCUCUGUUUCAGUUGACCCCUCACUGCCUGUCCUCAGUAUUGAUCCCCCAGCCUUUUUUGAGACAGGGUCUCAUGUAUCCAGUGGCUAAAAGCCAAGGGUAGCUUUAGCCCCCUGCCCUCGCCACUCAGGUGCUGGGAUUACAGGCAUGCACCAACGCCACCCAGGUUUGUGGGGUGCUGGGAUUACAGGCAUGCACCAACACCACCCAGGUUUGUGGGGCGCUGGGAUUACAGGCAUGCACCAACACCACCCAGGUUUGUGGGGUGCUGGGAUGAGCCCGGCCCUCAGCAAGCCAGGCACACAUCUUACCAGCUAAGCAGCGUCCUCAGCAUUGUCUUCUUGUCACCUCCUGCUUCCGCCUCAGGGACUUCCUUUGUCCUUUACCGAAGUCCUCCACUCAUAUCUGAACUUAUGGCUAGCAAAAUCCCAACUUCCGAGUGAACCCAGGCUCACAUGGCUACACCCGGGUCUCCUCAUUGAAGGGUGUGUCUGCCCACAGAUUUUCUCCAAACAAUGAGGAACUGCUACAGCCCCGGCCCUGAUCCUCAGGGACCUCCGAAUUGUGGAAUGUAUAAAGUUAUUUAUCAUUUUCUCACACACACAGAGAGAGAGAAUAAUAAUAUACUGGCAAUAUCUGUCUGCCAAUUGCACUGUAAUAAAUUAUUUUGCCUAAACUG